UCAUCCGAGUCGUCCAGGGUUUCAAGCGCAUCACAGAUCCCGACCCCCGUCGACCCCUUAAUCACUUCCCUUCGCCCUCUCGCUACAAAACCCUGUCGUGUACCUUCCCAUCACUUCGAGUUACUCGAAUCUACGCUUAUAUAUAUGACGCAUGUAGACAACGUGACAUCUUUGUGCCACAUGCAAACAACGUGAGAGCGAGGAGCCACGGAUGGCAGGGAUGAGGAUUGGCAAGAAGAUGACGGGGCAUUGAAUAGCAUAUCACAAUUGUAUCCUAGCUAGACUUGUGCGCAAUCAGAUUGCGAGGUAGAAGCGGAUCUGAAUGAUGUAUAGGACGGAAGACUUCUAUAACCUAGAAUAUGGUGAGAUCAUCUUCAAACUUGUUCAUCUACGAAUAUUCUUAGUCCAUUUUGAGGAUUGAGCUUUCUUUGACUCACAAUUGCAAUCUCUCUGUGUCAUAUGUCUUGGAAGACUAAAUGUGCUCAAUCUGUUUGUGUCAUAUAUCUUGAAUGACUCAGUGUUCUCAACAGAAGAUCUGACCUAGGGCUCUUCCACUGCAAGUAAUACUGAACUUUAGUCGGAGAUUACAUUACACUUGCAAUGUUCUUGAUUGAACUGUCAAAAGAACAUCGUACUCAGAUUUGAUAACUACCUGACGAGCUUCACCGGACUUAUUAUCAGAGUCAACACACCAGCUUCCUCGAGAUAAGAAAUUUCUCCAGUGUCACCGAACAAUCACAACAAGAAAGAUGACACAGGAUCGACUGCAAGAAUCUCUUUCGUAAGAGCAAAGUAUCACGAAUAUCCAAAAUAAGUAGCAAAAAAUAGUACUUUCACCUUUGAAGAGGAACACUUGAAACAUAACUGCGGUUGUCCAAACCAACCAACGAGUAGAAGCUUCCAUUCACUUGUAACACGUUUUAGAAGACCACGUCUUUCUCCAUCGACAACAAGUCCAGUUUGGAACGACACUUAUCAGAUAACGUCAUCCUGGGCAAGCAUGUGAUUGACAGAAGAAUGAGGAAAGACGAUCUUGGAUACUAGUUUUUUCUGUUUUAUACUUUCUUCUUGUGUUUUUUUCCGCUUCUAUCUCACCAUCUUCUAUUUCAUGUUGUUGGUCAUUGAAGCAGGCGAAUCCUUUGUUUUUUUUUUUAUCUUACUUUUGAUACCAAUGUUGAGUAGAUAUUGUUAAGCCCUGUGUACGUGUAGUGAUGAACACAGUAAGGUAUACCAUUGUUUGUUAGUAGGUUCAUUAUUGGGUCACUUCGGAUUUGCUUGAACUAGUCUCUUGCAUUCAUUGUUGAAUUUUGGAUUUUGAGGUGGAAAUCGUCGUGCUGGAGCUUCACCAUCUUUGCUUUUGGACGACCUCAGAAUCAGUCAAAUUAGAGUUAGAACGAAACUUUUUGGCAACAAUUGAAGUAAUAAAUUGUCCCUUCGUACCUUGGAUUACCCAACCAACUUAUGAGAGAAGCAAUGAUGAACUGUGAAAUAUUGGAUUGCUACAAAUACUGGUGUUGUUAAACUUCAGCAACAAGUGAAGGAUUGUUCUAGCAGUUGGUGUUGUAGUCUAAGCAAAACUCUUGUUGCAGUGUGCUUAAAUCUGCGCUUAAAUACUUGACGCCGUGACAUCUUUGUGUCGUAUGCAAACAACGUGAGAGCAAGGAGCCGUGGAUGGAUUGUGUGCCAUCGGAUUGUGAGAUAGGAGUGCUUUAAAGGACGGAAGAGUUCUUCAAGUUGGAAUAUGGUUUUGUGGCAAUCAAAGAACAUUUGAAAAAUCUAUGGUUGUAUGAGUAAGCAAAAGAGUAUACUCAAGAAUCCAUUGCUAGUUUUAUUUCAAAGUAUGUACAUCAUUGAUAUUUAUUUUGUGUAGAUUACAAGAUGUUUGAGAUGAAUGUUUAUGUAUUAUUUUCUAUAUAUAUAUAUAUAUAUAUAUGUAGAAAUAUUUGUUAUAUAGAAAAUAAUAAGAAUUAAGAAAAAAUUAUAAAAAAGAAUCACAAAUAUAAAUAGAGAUUUAUUUAGUCUACAUAACGUUUAUUAAUAUGAAGCAUGUGUAAUAGUUUAAAUUCAUAUAAACUUUACACAUAUCUUUGUUACAUUGAAUUUUUUGGUGAUUAAAAUUUAUUGAAAUAUUGUAAAUUAUGCACUAAGGUUUUAUUCAUGUGAUUGAAGGUGAAUUAUACAUGUUUUCCAAAUAUUUGCAAUGGCCUAUCUUGUAAAGAUGGUUAUGAAGCAUGUCUUAGUAAUGUGGAGGUUUUUAUUUGGUUGUUGUACAUUUGGAUUUGCACUUACUAUGAAUUUUAGUAACAAGUUUGUGGAGGAUAUUGGAGUUGUAUUCAAAGCAAGAGAAGUUGAUAUUGGAGAUGUGCUUACUCAAUGCUAUAAUUCCAAUCAAGAAAUGGAGGUGUUAUUGAUGACUAAAGUUGUAUUGAAUAAAAAAAAAUGUGAUAAUAUUUGCCAACCACUUGGUGGUGUUAUCAAAGUAUUUGAAGUCUUAAGAGCUUGUUGGAAUGGAAGAAGUGAGUAUAAAAUUUUAUUUUGUGAAUUUCAGUAUAUAAAAUUGAGGAUAUACAAGUUGAUAAAAGCUUAUGCACAAGAACAAUGGUGUGAAGCAAGUAUCCUUCAAAUGGAAAACAAAGAAAUGUUUAGAGAGUUAUUAUGGGACUUGAAGACUUGUUAUGAUGUGAAAAUUGAUCUAUUAUCAAAGAAGUGUUCAAAAAAGAUGGAGGAUAUUCCACUUGUAUUGUUUGAUGUUUCAACUCGUGAAGAAGUUAAACAAGAUAGUAUAGAACUUUUCAAAAGAUUGGACCAUAAAAGUAAAGAUGUUCAAUUUAAAGAUUGUGAAUUGGCAAACUAUCUAUCAACAAGAUUGAGGAACUUGUGGCGUGCAGAUGGUGGAGAGAUGGAUUUUUUGGAAGUAUCAAGUGAUAUCAAAAGUUUAGAGCUUGGGAGAAUCAUAAAUGAGGGUUCAUAUGGAGAAGUUUAUGAAUCUAAGUGGUUUAGACUUGCAAGUGCAACAAAAAUAAUGGAUGCUAGUUUGAACGAUAUAUUCAUGAAAGAAGUAGAUAUCUUGGCUAUCUCAAGCCAUCCAAACUUGAUCAAAUAUUAUUAUGCUACCAAAAGUAAUGCAAGUGAGAAUGGUGAGUCUUCAAUGAUGAAUAAUUCAAGAGAAAAAGUAUACUUGGUGAUGGAAUUGAUGCAAACAAGUUUGAGCAACAUAUUGGAGGCAAAAAGAAUAAUGCCAUAAUACUUUCUUAUUGAUGUUAUUUAUCAAAUUGCAAGAGAAAUGUGUUAUCUACAUGACAUGCAAAUUGCACAUCAAGAUUUAAAACCUGAUAAUAUAUUACUUAAUUUUAUAGAUGAUGGUAAAUUUGGUAAUGGUUUUCAUUAUGUUGUUGUGAAGUUGAUUGAUUUUGGUUGUUCAAAGAUCAAUGUGGGUAGGAAUCCAAAAGUUAAAGAAAAUACACAUUUGUAUGGGACUUUAA